AUGGGAUUUCCAAACUCUUUGGUGAAUCUCAUUAUGAAGUGCAUUUCCUCGGUGUCCUCUAAAGUUUACUCGAGAGAGGCACGCAAAAAAGAGAUUCAUGGCAUCAAAGUGGCAAGACAAGCCGCAAAGACUUCGCACUUGUUCUUUGCAAACGAUAGCCUACUGUUCACACAGGCUAACCUACAUGAGGCGGAGAACAUUAUGGAGGUGUUGUUGCAGUAUCAAAAUUCUUCAGGGCAGGUGGUGAAUAUGGAGAAAUCUGAGGCGUCCUUCAGUGGGAAUGUCAGCGAUGAAGUCAAAUGUGGGAUACGAUCGAGGAUGGGUGUGAAACAUGUGCAGAGCGACUCCAAAUACUUGGAACUCCCUGUCGUUUUCGGAAGAUCCAAGAGGGAGGUUUUCACAAUGGUGGUUGAAAGAGUGUGGAAAAAAAAUCAAAGGAUGGAAGGAAAGGUUUCUUUCUAA